AUGUACACAUACACAUACACGGACAUGCACAUACAUACAUGUGCAUAUACACGCAUACACAUGCAUAAUACACAUACAUACACGUGCACAUAUGCGCGACCACAUAUGCACACACAUACAUACGCAUACACACGCAUGCACACACACAUGCACAACAUGCACCGGUAUACACAUACGCAUAUACAGAUACGCACGUACGUGUAUGUAUACGCUUGA